CAUGUUUUCAGUUUCAAAUCGAGCUCAAAAGCAAAGCGAGAAAAGCCAUGGCCGACCUGGUCCUGAAGGAGAAGAGGAGGGUGUUUAUCCAGUCAGUGAGCCCGGGCACAGUAAAUGGCUUGUUGGAUGAACUACUACAGGAAAGAGUGCUGAACCAAGAGGAGAUGGAGAAAGUAAGAAAUGAAAAUGCCACAGUUAUGGAUAAGGCCCGAGCUCUGAUUGACUUUGUCAUUCGGAAAGGGCCCCGGGCAAGCCAGAUAUGUAUUGGUCAUAUUUGUGAAGACGACUCCCACCUUGCAGAGAAGCUGGGGCUGUCCUCAGGUGCACAAUCAGAAAAUUGUCGUAAAACAAAAGACUCCGAAGCAGAGAUUCGUCCCAUCGAAGCCAAUGCUCUCCGGGCAAUGCAAGACAAUCCAGCUGAGCUUGCACUUUCAGGACCAGAAGGGGGCCUCAAGCUUUGCUCCCAAGAAAUAGCCGAAAGGAUAUGGAAAGAAAAGUCAGCAGAGGUUUACCCAAUAAUGGAAAAGUCCACUCGCACUCGUCUUGCCCUCAUUAUCUGCAACACAGAAUUUGACCAGCUUUCCAGGAGAACUGGGGCUGAUGCUGAUGUCAGAGGUAUGAAGAUGCUGCUAGAAGAUCUGGGAUACACUGUGGAUGUAAAAGAAAAUCUCACUGCUUUGGACAUGACUGCAGAGCUGAAGGCAUUUGCUGCCCGCAAAGAGCACAAGACCUCUGACAGUACUUUCCUGGUAUUCAUGUCUCACGGUAUUCGAGAAGGCAUUUGUGGGAAGGAACACUCUGAGGAAGUCUCAGAUGUAUUAGACAUCAACACCAUCUUUCAAACUCUGAACACUUGGAACUGUCCAAGUUUGAAGGACAAACCCAAGGUGAUCAUUAUCCAGGCCUGCCGUGGUGAGAAUGAAGGGGUGGUGUGGUUAAAAGAUUCCAUAAGAGGCUCUGGAAGCAGCUCCUCGUUGGCUCCAGGAGAUUUAGAAUAUGAUGCCAUUAAGAAAGCCCAUAUAGAGAAGGAUUUUAUUGCUUUCUGUUCUUCAACGCCAGAUAAUAUUUCUUGGAGACAUCCCAAACGGGGCUCUCUUUUUAUUAUUAAACUCAUUGAAAAGUUGCAAGAACAUGCCUGUUCCUGCGACAUUGAGGAAAUUUUCCGAAAGGUUCGAUUUUCAUUUGAGUCACCAGAUGGGAGGGCACAGAUGCCUACUGCUGAAAGAGUGACUUUGACACGAUGUUUCUACCUCUUUCCAGGAUAUUAAUAUAAGAAACCAGGAGUUCUGUCAUUCUGUUCCUGAUUUGAAAUUAUGUCUGUAGAACACAGACAGUUCUUAAACAUGCCAAUAAAUCUUAAUUUUUUUUU